AUGUGUCGUUUGUUUCUUACUGUUGUGUUAUUGUUGCUUUUCAAUAAUGGAUUUUGUUUUAUUAAUCUGUCUAACAUCGAAUGCGGCAUAAGCACAGCCAGACGCGGCCGUAUAGUGGGCGGUGAGAAUAGCCUGCCCGCCGAAUUUCCCUGGGCUGCCAGCAUCUGGCGUCAGGGUGCGCACCAAUGUGGCGCGACAGUAUUAACUGACAGGUGGCUGCUUACUGCUGGACAUUGUGUUUGUAGUGCCUUUGACGAGUUCUACAAAACUAAACAGUUGACGGUCGUUGUUGGUUUUACUGACAUUUCGUCGACCAAGUCUAAAGAACCACUGUCCCUGAUAGUACCUCAUCCAGAUUACAGAUGCAAUCGAAAGUCAAAUGAUGUCGCUCUUUUGAAAACCGCCAACCAACUGCAAUGGACGAACGCAUUACGACCCGCGUGCCUACCGCAGGCACUGUCUGAUGACUUCAGUGGAGCAUUAGCCACUGUAGCUGGUUGGGGAUUCACUAACGAAGAUAGGAAUAUUGGGUCAAGACCUAAUAUUCUUCAGAAGACCAACGUGCGUGUAGUCACAAAUGACCAAUGUAAUGAAUGGUACCAUUCACAAGGGAGUAAGAUCAAGGUGAUUCCGACGCAGAUGUGCGCAGGUCAUAAAGAAGGUGGUCGAGAUUCUUGUUGGGCUGAUAGCGGCGGUCCUCUUAUGUUUCGUGAAGAUAACUUGCACGCCAUGGUUGUAGGUGUUGUUUCCACUGGCAAUGGAUGUGCUAGGGCUCAAAUGCCUGGAGUCUACACUAGGGUAUCCAGAUAUACCGAAUGGAUUAUCCAGAGUAUUGAUAAUGACAAGAUCAGAUCAGAAAGUGAUGAAGUUCGAUCUGGAUUUAAUUGGUAUUUACAUUUUGGUUCAUAUUGA